AUGCAGGGCCUGCAGCAGGCGCUCCAGGCCGUGCGUGAGGCGGGCUGGGCGGACGUGGUGGCUGAGGCCUCUGUGCAGCGAGCCGCCGCUGCCUUCACAGGCCACCCGGCGGAGCUGGAGCAGCUGAGCAGGCGCCCAGAGCAGAGCGCCGGGCCUCGCCGCCAGCGUGAGGCAGCAGCGGCAGCACCAGUUGCGGCUCUGCGCCUGUUCCCCCAGCUGGCGGCAGUGCUGGAGGCGCUGGAGGGCGCUGGGGCGGAGCAGGCAGCUCCAGCAGCCUGCGCCCUGUGCACAGAAGUGCUGGCUUUAGGAGGCCGCGCAGGGGCUGGCAGCGCUGCCCAGCUGCGCCUGCUGCUAGAGGCCAGCGACGGCGCGCUGCGCCUGCUGCCGCUGCUGCUGAAGCAGCAGCUCAGCACACAGGCGGGCGACGAGCGUCGAACGCUGGCUGGGCAGUGCCUAAGUGUGUUUGCCUGGGCGCACGGGCUGGCAGCACCCCUGCGGCGGCGGCAGCGGCAGCAAGCCGUGGACCCAAACGCCGUGCCGCCGCCGCCGCAGGCAGCACCCCUGCGACGGCGGCGGCAGCAAGCCGUGGACCGAAACGCCGUGCCGCCGAGUCCCGUGGCUGUGGCCGUGGGCUUCUGGCAGGAAGCUACGGCCGCAGCUCGGCAGCUCAUCGCUGCGCUGGCCGCGCUGUGGGAAGCCCAGCAGGCGGUGGUCGAGCGGCUUGGCCCGUUUGAGCGCUGGAGCAAGUCUGACCUGGCCAGAUGGGCUGGCGCGGCUGCAAUAAUGGUUUCAGCGAUGCCCGAGUGUCUGCUCAACGCCCGCCCUGAACUGUUUGGGCAGAUGGUGGCUGGUGUGAGGUGCCUGAUUGCUGAUGGAACAGAGGAGGAGAGUCUCAAGAUACUGAACACUGUCCUGUUGAAGGGAGCGCGCUCCAGCACCCCACAAGCGGGGCACUUGGCGGUGGCGGCACUGCGGGACGGGCUGGUGGCAGAUGCGCUGGAGCUGCCGGGGCGCCUGCUGGCCAGCGGCGUGCGGCUGAGCGGCAGCACGGCCUCUGAGUCAGCAGCCAGCCCCAUGAAGCAGCAAAUGGAGCAGGCAGCAGGCCGGGUGUGGGCCCUGGACACAAGCGGUCCGUCUCGGAUGCCGCCCGAACAGCUUCUGGCAACACUGCGCCAGUCCCUACCCGCGGCGGUGGCCGCUGCCGAGCUGCUGCGCCAGCACUGGGCGGCGCAGGAGGAGCAGGCGGAGGUGCCAGCGCGGGUGCAGGUGGCCCAAGCGGUGGUCACCCGCAGCUGCGCCUACCUGGGGUGUGCCAACCUGGGAGCGCAGGGCGGGCCGGCGGCGGGCGAGGGUGUCGGCAGCCUGCGCUGCUCCGGGUGCCGCGUGGCCUGGUACUGCGGCACCGCCUGCUCCCACGCCGACUGGCGGCGUGGCGGGCACAAGCAUGUGUGCAAGGCGCUGGCGGCGGCGCGGGCGGCGGCGCGGGCGGCGGCGCAGGGGACGGCGGCGUGA